AUGAGGGGAGCCUUACCGUCAGACCAAGUGCGGGAGAUUAUGGGAGCUGCCAACCUUAGCUCCACGGCAGAGCUCAAGGCUGCCAGAAAGGCCGCCAAGGCCAGCUAUGCGGCAGAGCUGCAGGCCCAGAUGCGCGCGAACGAGGAGGCCAAGGUAAAGGACCGAAUGGAGCGACUGGGGAUCGCACGCCCACCGCCACUGCAAGCACCUCCCCCGGGAGGGCUGCCUGGUGGUGGCGGUGCAGUUUCCCCCGGUGCCAUGGGCGGUGGCAUGAUGGGCUUCGGGCAAGCGUCACCGCCUGGUGCACCGCUGGGGCCCUAUCCACAAGCAGCGCCGCCAGCUUUCCCACCGGCCGGGCCGGGACCUGUAGCCGGGAUGCCGCUGUCUGGUAGCCCGGGACGGGGAGCGGCGCCCCCUCCCCCGUUAUGGAAUCAGCCGCUGCAGUAUCAGCUAUCCCCGCCGCCCUACCAGCCGUCGAUGCAACAGCCCUACCAGCCUGGUGGACCGCUUGGGAACUUGUAUGGCAUGCCGCCUCCCAACCCCUCUCCGCCACCGCCGUUCGGCGGUGCCAACGGCUACGGCCCUCAGCCUCCUGGGUAUAGUAGCUCCCCGCAGCCCGGUUUCGGCCCGGUUGGCGUCGGCGGCGGCUUUGGUCCGGCCCCUGGCGGCGGUUACGCGCUUCCUGCGCCGCCGCCGCCACCGCCACCACCGCUGCUGCCUGGCCCUGCACCGCCACCCGGCCCUGGCCGCGACACCAUGCAUCGCCUAGAGCAGCAGGCCAAGAAGGACCAGUACCGACUGGAGCUGGAGGCGCAGAUCCGCGAGCGGGAAGAGCGCAAGGCGUCGGAGAAGGCGCGGCAGCGGGAGGAGGACAUGCGCAAGGAGGCAGAGAUGGCGGCGGCGGCGCGUGACGCGAUGGGCCGCGGCGGCGGAGGCGCACCGCUUCGUGAUGCCGCUGGUAACGUUGUCGCCAACCUGCGUGGCGCCAUGGGCGGCAUGGGGCCUCCCCAGGGCCUUCCGAGCCCGGGCGGGAUGGGUAUGAUGCCGAUGGGAAUGGGGCCCAUGAUGCAGCAGCAGCCACCGCCGCCGCUGAUGGGGUCUCCACCGGGCAUGGGUAUGGGCAUCGGCAUCGGCAUGGGCGGACCACCACCGCCGCCGCCACAGCAACCCCCCAUGAUGGGCGGGCCGGCGUUGCUUGGGUCGCCUUCGGGCAUGGGCCCGCCGCUGGGAAUGAUGGGGGCGCUGGGGGCCGGUGGAGGCGGACCCAUGGAUGCCGGCCCACCUGGCGUGUUGCCCAAUUACCGGUUUCGUAGCGACAAUGCCUACCUCACCCCGAAAGAGCUGGACAAUAAGCAGCGGCAGAUGCGGGAGCUGCAGGAGGCGCUAGAGCAGCAGAUACAGGAAAAGCGCCGGGCCAAGGAGCUCGAGAAGCACCGGGAAAUCGCGGAAAUUGAGCGGGAGGAGGCCAGGUUCAGGGCCGGCCUAGAGCAGCAGCGCGGCGGCGGGCAAGAGGGUGGCGCGGGGGCCGGUGGCGAGGCCCGCAGCAAGGAGGAGGUGCUGGCGGACGCCUGGGAGAAGGCCCGACAGGAGGCGGAGGAGCUCCGGCGCAACAAGUUUGCAUCGAAGCGCGGUGCCGGCGGUGUAAGCCACGGCCCAGGCGGAGGCGGUGGUGGGGGCAGAGCUUCUCCUGGAGCCGGCGGCAGGGGUGGCGGCUCGUGGGUUGAUGGGGCCGACGAGGGGUCGGAAGCGCCGCCGCCGAUGGCGACGCACCACUCAGCGCCAGCACCGCAAGCUGGCGGAGGCUUUGGAGACGUGUUUUCGCCGCCUAUGGCGGCACCAGUCGCUGGGCGGCCGAGCACGCCGAUGGUAGUUGAGAAGGUACGGCAGGUGGCAGCGGCGGAGCUGGCGGCUGUGAAGCAGGAGUUGGCAGCAGAGGCGGCACAGCUGCGGGAGGUGGUGGCGGCGCAGGGCCAGCAGGUGGCGGCCUUGAAGACGCACGCAGAGCGGAUGGAGGCGGAGGCGGAGCGCGCACGGGAGCAGGUUACGGCCAUGCGCUUAGGACUUAUCCAGCAGCGCAGUGGACCGGAAUUCGACCCUGACCACGCGCUGGCUGCGGUGCCGCCGGGCCCCCUGCCGCCAGCGCUUGUUGACAUUGACCUGGAUCUGCCGCCGACGGGCGCCAUGCUGAGGCGCAACGCCGCGCCGACGCCGGUGUAUGACAUGGGCCCCGCUAUCCCGGCUGUCAACAGCUCGGUUUUAAUGGUUGACAAUGCUGCGGCGAGCGCGAUAAAUGCCUCAGCGGCUGCUGCUGCCCCGGGCGCCGGCGGCCCUGUGGCGAGCGGUCGGCCCCCGUCACGGCUGCGCGCGGUGAAUCCCCUGGAGGCGUCCAUGGCGGGCGAAAGCGUGUUCAUCUACCCGAAUGGCCGGGAGAUGGCGAGGCAGCCCAACGGCGUCCCCACACGCCCCGGUGGCGCGCCCCUGCCACAGGCGCUGUCUCCUGGUGGCCCGCUGCCCUUCCAGUCUAUUCACCUAGCGGGCGGUGUGGGCGCUGGGGGAGCCGACCUGCCCACCUUAGUGACCGUCCAGGAGCUGGAGCCGGGCCCAGUGCCACCAACGCCACAAGGCGGGGCCUUGGCGUCGUCGACGGUGAUGUUGGGCAGCACAGGACCGGCCAGUAGCGGAUACGGCGCGGCGGCAGCCUCCGUUAACGCUUCCGUGGCGGCGGCGCCGAUGACGGUAUCAGUGGCGUCGUCCGCGGCGGCGUGUGAGGCAACAGGCGGGGCCGCGGCGGGGCCACGGCAGCAGUCGAUUUCGCCUGAAGGCCGGCGCGCAGCAGCUUCGGCGACGCCGCUGGACGUCGAUAUGGUGAUGAGCCGGAACAAGGAGAAGCUGGAGAUGCUCAAAGGUAUCACCGACCUCGCUGUCGGGGCCGCCAGCGUUGAGGCCCUGGACGAAUUCCUGGCGCGGUACGCGGCACAGCGGCCCGGUCUUCCCGAGCGCACCGCCACCCCCGUUCUGCGUAUCUGCACACCGGCGGUGGAGUCAGCAGGAGCGCCGACGCCUGCAGCCGCCGAGCUCCCCGCACUGCGAAAUGGCUCGCUGCCUUCCUCCACGCCGCUGUACUCAUCUCGCACCAAAAGCGGCACGCGGAUGUCCCGCUCCCGAUCGCUUUCAGCACAGGGAGAAAUCCGCCCGGGGAAGGAUUCUGCGCCCGUGUCUACCUCCCAGCGCGAGCACGAGGAGGAGCCCCGGCGCCCCGAGCCGCUGCCGCUGCCGCCGCCGCCGGAGGACACAUUAGAUGUGGAGAUGCGCAAGGGCUUGGGCGCAGCGGCGGCUGCGCCGCCGACACCGCCGUCAGCAGGGCCGCACAGCUCCCUGCCUGGGACUCCAGUGGGGAAGGGUAGCAACCAGCAGUUGGGCACCGGGGACUCGGGGAUACCGCCGUUUCAAAUUCCUCGCUCACCCAUGCUGGCGGGGGCUCGCCGUACGGGGAGUGCAGCUAGUCAGCGAGGGUCAGGAGGGCCCUGA